UAUGGAAUCCCAUAACAGAAGAGAUAUCUGGUAGGUUGUAUUCUGAUCGCAUGUAUUUAGAAAUUAUUAAGAUAAAAAUUUAAUAAUUUUGACGAUGGAAGAACAUGUGAAGCCUCUGCUGCAAGAAAAUGCAAAUUCAGAACUAAUAGGCAUACUGGUUGCAGUUUUAGCAAUAGUAAUAACUUUAGUACUAUUUACUAUAUGGCGGAGACGAAAAUCUGUUGGUCAGAAUAUUAUAUUAACUGGGCUUAGUGACGCUGGAAAAACGUUGAUAUAUGCACGUUUGCUUUGUUCCAAAUUCGUUCAAACUCAUACAUCUGUUAAGGAAAAUAUAGGAGAUAUAAAUAUCAAUAAUAAUACCUUAAGGAUUGUGGAUAUACCUGGAGAUGAGCGUUUACGUUACAAAUUUUUUGAUAAAUAUAAAAUAUCUGCAAAAGGAAUUAUUUUUGUCAUUGAUUCAGUUACGUUCCAAAAAAAUAUUAAGGACGUGGCCGAGUACUUAUACAAUUUAUUGUCAGAUAUAGAUGGGCACAAAAAAUUGCCAAUAUUAAUAUUGUGCAAUAAACAAGAUCAAACAAUGGCUAAAGGUUGUUCCGUGAUAAAAUCAUUACUGGAAAAAGAAUUAAAUCUUUUAAGACUAACUAAAACUAAUCAACUGGAAGCUACAGAUGCAACAUCCUCAAGUGUCUUUCUUGGGAAAUCUAACAAAGAUUUCGAGUUCGAUCAUCUCAAUUCAAAAGUAGAAUUUGCAGAAUCAAGUGCCUUUACCAAAGAUCUUGAAACACCUGCUCAUAUAGAAGCAUUAGAUGCAUGGUUACAGAAUGUUAUGUGAAUAUGUACUAUUUUUUAAUAUAUAAAUUAUUUGUAA